UUGUUGUAUUAUGAUUACAGACUAAUUUUUUCAACUUUCCGUUACCCGCGACCUCGUGAAAUCGAUAAAAUUGCAAUUUUUCAAUAGUUUUCUUCAACAAUGGGCAUCACAAAGGAGAGCCUAUCGGACAUCCGGGAGGAGUUUGAGAAGGCCCACAAGAAGAUCGACGAGGACGCCCGUAACGACCCACCGACGGAACCGUUUCGCUCGCAUUACGCGGCGAGGGAUAUUUUGCAGUCGGUGCAGCGGAAGUUGAAGGAUUUGGCCGAAACGCUGGAUGAGGGGUCGGAUGCGCGGUUGACGGUGCGGUGCAUUUUGGCGAACGUGCUGAAGGAUAUUGGGCGGAUAUCGAUUUUUACGGAGGAGCUGGGGAACGGGGAGUUGGUGCUGGUUGAGGCGUUGGGGUUGGUGCGGGAGGAGCGGGAGCGGCCACAGGCGGUAAAUGGGUAUGUGGAGGUGCUGAACCAGUUGGGGAUUUUGCAGUGCAACCUGGGAAACUUUGAGGAGUCGAAGGGGUUCCUGGAUUUGGCGAAUGAAGCUUAUGAGGGGGCGAAGGGUGGUGGGGUGGAACCGUUGACGAUUUCGGAUUUGUUUGGCUCGAAGGAUGAGGUGGAGAAGGGGAAGGGACAGCUGCUGCUGGAGAAGAACCACACGCUGACGUUGUACUAUUUGGCCCAGGUUUAUGGGUAUUUGGAGGAUUUGACGGGUUCGGCGCGAUUUUGCCAUUUGACGUUGAAACGGCAGUUGAAUUACAACGACUUUGAGCACGUGGAUUGGGCGUUGAAUGCGGCCACGUUGUCCCAGUACUAUUUCCCGCAGAACCAUCUGAGCCAGGCGAGGCAUUUGUUGGCGGCUGCUUCGUACAUGCUUGAUCGGUUCGAGGAGGAAGUUAUUCCGAAGGAGACGAAUUCGGCGCUUAAGGCGGAGAAGAUUGAAACGCACCGGCACCGGUCGGCGGAUAUUGCGAGGUGUUGGGCCAAGUACGGGAUUCACAUUUUGGCUACUUCGAAGGAACGUCUGUGCAAGGAUGACGACGAGGAUGGUGGCGCCGGGAAGGUCGGAUUGAGUCCGGUGAGGGAGAUUGAUCGCUUCAUCGGGCUGGAUGGGUUGUCCGCUUACGAGGACCAGGUCGCGGACGAGUUCUGCUUGACGCUGGAGGACGCAAAGCUGGUCAUGUUGAAUGGACUGAGCUGGCUGGGAAAGGCCAAGGAUUAUUACACGAAGGAAACGGAAGCGUCGCAGUACGCGAAGAUCGUCCAGGAUGUGGCCUCGUUGUACAAGCACUUGGCGUUCUUCGACGAUGACGAGGACAACCAGUGCAAGCUGUACAAACGGUGCGUGGACCAGCUGGAGGAUUUGGACAGUGUACUGAAUGCGACGUAUUAUCAAACCAUUUGCAGAGAAGUCUGGUACGAGCUCGGUCUGACCUACGGCAAAAUGCUGGACGUGAAGCUGUCUAAGCUGGAAACGGUCGAGCGACCGACGCCGCACGCCCUCAACAAAAUCAACCACCUGUGCGAGAAGAGCAUCGCCAAGUUCCAAAAGUUCAUCGAAUCCUACAAAAUCCCACUCGACACGCUGGAAAUUCCGGCCAGCCCCGCCAUCGACCCCGCCGAGCUGCAGCCGAUUCUGUUCGCUUACUUCCACAUCGGCCGGCUUUACUACAAGGUCAUCACGCCGGACAAACGCCUCCAGCUGAACAACGUGCAGAACAGCUUCCGGUACUAUCACCACUUUGUGAAACAGUGCGAGGCGAACGAAGCCGUCGCGGCCCACUUGGGAGCGGAAAUGGGCGUUUGCAAGGAGAUGAGCCAGCUGCUUCCGCUCAAGAUUAAAAAGCUGAUUAGCGAGAUUAACGAUUAAUUCUGUGACUUAAACUGAUAGUCUUUAUCUUUAGGAAGAGUUUGUGCAUGAAUAAAAUAUCGAAAGCUUGAA